AUGGUUAUGAGUGAGGAUAUAAGGUUUUUCAACCAAGCAGUAGAGGCUAUUGGUUCAAAUUGGCUUCGGAAGGAUGAGAUUGAUCCAAAGAUAAAAGUACUUUUAAAUCGUCUUCAGUUGGUAAAUGUUAAGACAGUGAAUAUACCGAGAGCUUCACAAGGAUCGUUAGGGGUUUCUGGUUCUUCUGUUAAGAAAGAAAGAGCUAGUGUGGAUAUGAGUUCUAGUAACAGCGGUGGUAAUGUAGCGUCGUCAUCGAAUAAACAGAAGGUAACUAAAUCUGGUACAAAGGAGAAGAAUCUACCUUGUUCACAAUGUAACUUGAUAUUCCAUAGGACAUCUGAUGUCAGAAGACAUGAAAGAACUCAUCUGAAGCUAUUACCCAAUAUUUGUACUCAGUGUGGUAAAGGUUUUGCGAGAAAAGAUGCAUUGAAACGUCAUUUUGAUACUUUGACCUGUAAAAGGAACAGGAAGAAGCUAUUGAGUAUGGGAGGUAAUAUCAAGGAGAUUCUAGAUGAGGUCAAACAGAAUAAUACAAAGAAAGCGUAA